AUGUAAUUAGAGGGUCCAAUAAGUUUUGAAUUUAAUUGUUUCAAAAAGGGAUAGAAGGGCACAAAACAAUACAAAGGAAUAUCAAAUAACAACAAGCUUGAUCUCUACAAAGAGAACGCCAAGGCCCCAAAAUAUUCUUUGCCCAUCUAAUUGUAGACUCACAUCAAAUGGGAGGUUGAGGAAGAGAUUGUUAAUGGGAAGAAGCACUACAAAAUUGUGUCUUUCAAAUUUUAAUAAAUUAAACAGAUAAGAGACUCUUAAAUUGCUAAGGUUACUUGUUUUUUUGGAGAUGAUGUUACUCUUUCUAAAUUAAAAGAACAUCUGAGAAAUAAAAUAAUCUUCCAAAGAAUUUAAGAUUUCUACACACCUCUCCAAACCUUGGGAAAAGGAGCUUCUUCGAGAGUGUUAUUGGUUAGACACAAGAACUCUGAACUCUAUUAUGCUGCCAAAUGCGUAGAUAAGUCAUAUGUCAACGAAACAGAAAAUGGGAUUGAAUCGAUGUUUCAGGAGAUUUCUAUCAAUAAUGACUUAGAUCACCCAUCAUUUAUUAAAUUACAUGCAGUUUAUGAAGGCGACAACACUUUCUAUAUGGUAAUGGAUUUGCUGGAAGGAAAGAGUUUGCACGAUGAAUUAAAUAGCCACAAAAAUGGAUUUCCUGAAGAAAUAGUGCGUAAUGUGAUGUGGUAAAUUCUGACUGGAAUCGAAUACAUGCACAAGAAGAACAUUAUGCAUCGGGAUCUUAAACCAGAAAACAUAAUGUUGCAAAGGAAAUCAGAUUUGAAUUCUUUAAAAAUAGUAGAUUUUGGGUUGGCAACCUACUGCAAUAUUGACAAGUAUUUGUUUCCAAAAUGCGGGACUCCUGGUUAUGUUGCACCAGAGAUAGCAAAUUUAAUUGAUAAAUCAGAAAAGUAUGACAAAGUAUGUGAUGUCUUUAGUGCUGGCGUUAUAUUCUUUAAAUUACUGACUGGUAAAGAUCUCUUCCCAGGUGUAGGAUUUAAUUUAGUAUUAAAGUUAAAUAAGCAAUGUAAAAUUGAUUUGACCCCACUACAAAUGAAGAAGGUAGAUCCCAGCAUCAUUAAUUUGAUACAAAGAAUGCUUGAAAAAGACCCCACCAAAAGGAUAUCAGCUAGUGCAUGUUUGUUGGAACCAUUCUUUGAAAAAAGCCACAUGCAAUUUCAAGAACUCAAGUUGCAAUAGACAUCCACUCAAAAAAAAUAAUUCUUCUCUUCUGGAGGAAAGAAUUUUCAAACUCAAGAAUUUCAAAGUGAUUCACCUUAAAUAUAAAAUACAAAACAAAUAGACAAGGGCUCUUUUGUCACCCAGGAUUGUGCAUUCAAAGGAUUCAAGGAACCCCAACAUGGCAAAGUCAUGCAAAAAUUCAAUACUACUGAAUUCGAUCAUGUUGAUCCCAAUAUCAAUGGAAGUCCUAUUGAAAAAAAAAAUAGUAAAUUUACAAACGAUUAGAUAGAGGAGGAGGAUGAGAAAUGAUACAAUAUAAAUAUUGAAAAUUUAAUUAUUUUUUUA